AUCUCUUCAAUGUCAAAACCCAAGGUUCAAAUUCUACUAUCUGUAGAUUUCGACGCCGUGUCGGGUUUUCUGGGAACCGGGGCGUCGGCCACCACCAACUUAGCUGAUUACAGCAGUGGGUUUUUUGCCGCUCACGUUGGGGUACCCCGUCUGUUGCGACUUUUCAAGAAACAUGGGAUCUCUUCGUCAGUCACCUGGUUUGUGCCCGGGCAUUCAAUGGAGUCAUUCCCUGAAGAGACCAGGGCAAUUGUCGAUUCGGGUGCAGAAAUCGGCUGCCAUGGAUAUGCACACGAGGGGUCAAGCCAAAUGACCGAAGCUCAAGAAAGAGAGGUAAUUACCAGAUGCGUGGAGCUAGCAACCGAUUUGACUGGGAAAAAACCCCGGGGUUGGAGAGCUCCUCUGUAUCAACUGAGAACGCACACAAUCCAAGUUUUGGAGGAUCACGGAUUCCUAUACGAUUCUUCUCUCACGCACCAUGAUUCGUCAUUGUAUUUUGUGCCUCGAAUGUCUGAGCCCAAGCCCAUUGACUUCUCGCCCUCCAAUUCUGCUUCGACUUGGAUGAAGCCUCUCCCUGCCCCACAGCCCAGAACCCCUCAAACUCUGGUUGAAAUCCCAUGCAAUUGGUAUAUGGAGGACAUGACCCCAAUGCAAUUCCUUCCAGCUGCCGAGAAUUCACAUGGGUUUGUGAGUCCAGUGACCAUCGAGCAGAACUGGAAGUCACGAUUUGAAUUUCUUUACAGCGAGGCUCUUGAAAAAGCCACCGAAGAGGGUUGUGAGCAAGGCUUUGUCUUUCCUCUGGUUCUACAUCCAGACACUAGUGGAAUGGCCCACGUGGUUGGGAUGAUUGACAGGAUGAUCUCUUGGCUGAAGCAGCAGGGAGAUGGUGUUGAGUUUGUUACAUUUGGGGAUUGUGCAGCGGAUUGGAAGGAGAGACAGACCUCUUGA